AUGCGAGCGUCCAAUUCUUUGGUGGUCACCAUCGUUUCCAAGCUAAGCGGAGAUAGUCACUUGUUCAGAGACUAUUUUGCUAAAAAUUGUGUAUACAUAGAUAUGUAAUUUCUGAAGUUCUAAAUGCAAAACCACUUGUUCCUUCGAAUUGUGGAUGCUCUUAGUAAUCAUAAUCCGUAUUUUUGAAUGAGAUAUGAUGCAGCUAGAGUGAAGGGUCUUCCCCCAUUGCAGAAGUGCACUGUAGCUAUUCGCAUUUUGGCAUAUGGUUCACCUGGUGAUAGUGUGGAUGAAUAUGUUAGAAUUGGUGAAUCCCCCUCCAUUCAAUGCUUAGAACAAUUUGUUAAAAGUGUGAACGAGAUAUUUGGAGAUGAGUACCUUAGAACUUACAACAACAAUAUCAAUCGUCUACUACAAAUUAAAUAGACAAGGGGAUUUACAGGUAUGUUGGGUACUAUUGAUUGCAUGCAUUGGAAAUGGAAAAAUUGUCCAAUUGCAUGGCAAGGCCAAUAUCGUAGAGGUGAUCAUCAUAAACCCACAUUAAUACUUGAAGCUAUUGUGUCACAAGACUUGUGGAUAGGAAUAGAAAUAGGCCAGGCCAUCCAACAAGGGCCUACAGCCUAG